AUGGCUUCAAGUAGAGGCGACAAAAUGCCUGCUGACUUCAGGACCAAAAAGCUUAUUCAAAUAAGCCUUCCUCAAGAAAAUUUGCUGGAUGUGUUCAAAUUUCUCGACUUCAGUCAAUUAUUAUCUUUUCAAUAUUCGAGUUUCUAUUUCAAAAAUAUUAUUGUUAAAUAUGAGAAGGAAUUGGCAAGGAAGAAAUUUACUAAACUUAAAUUUCGUCCAAUUUAUAACUUUGACUUGGCUAAACAUAAAUUCGUUGAAAUACAGCCUCAUCUUUAUGAUUUUGAAUUGAGUAAACAACUUGAACAAAAGUGGAUACGUGGAAUAGAAGAGCAAAUUCCAAUGUUUUUAACAACGAUAGAGUAUGAUGACAUAAACGCGAUUGUUUGUGAAUUGCAGCAAACUUAUAGAGGAAAAAAAGGUUAAA